AUGGCUUGGGGCUGGGACCAAUCUGAUGACGCUCACCGUGACGUCUACGGUGGGGAGAAGAAGCACGAGAGCCACUUCUCUCACGAGCUUCUCGCCGGUGCUGCUUCCUUCGAGGGCAUGAAGCUCUUCGAGGACCACCAGCGCAAGCAGGGCAAGACCGUCAGCCACGCCUUCGCCAAGGAGGUCAUUGCCGGCCUCGUCGGCGCUGAGGUCGACAAGCUCGCCGAGACCAAGGGUAUGGACGAGAUCGACAAGCUCAAGGCCCACAAGCACGCCAAGGAGAACGCCCACCGCAUGUACGAGGAGCACUACGAGCGCGGCCACGGCGCCCCCGAGUUCGACCCCCGCUUCGCUCCUCACGACCGCUUC